GCUUUCAAUAACAAAGAGUACUGUAACCUGGCCCCCUGGGCAAGAAAGAGCCCUGCACUAAAAUUUACAGAAAAUAUAUAAAUACAAGCUGUUAUACAAGAUAUUACUAAAUCCUUAAAUAAUAAUGAAGCUUCCAAGAUAUGGCGGGCAUAUUUUACGCAGUACAAAGCAGUAUCAGUUGAGCAAAUGUGGGCAACAUAAUAACAGAUUUUUAUGCACAGGUGCCAACAGAGUAGGUGCAAUGGAUCCAGAGGAAUUAAGACACUUCAGACGACUUGCCGACAAGUGGUGGAAUUAUAACGGUGUAUUUAAACCUCUGCACAGCAUGAAUUUAUUACGAGUGCCUUUCGUACGCGAUGCCUUACUUCCGUAUUCCGCAUCUAGUUCAGAUUCUAGGCCUCUAGAAGGGCUUGAUGUCCUUGAUGUUGGCUGUGGAGGGGGAUUACUAAGUGAGCCUCUUGCUCGGUUAGGUGCAAAUGUUACAGGGAUAGACCUUGUAGCAGAAAACAUAAGUGCUGCUGCAGCCCACGCCAGCAGGGACCCCAGUCUAAUGGAGCGCCUGACAUAUCAACAUUGUUCAGUGAAUGAUCUACUAGCAGACAAAACAGGUCAUUAUGAUGCUGUUGUGAUGUCAGAGGUCGUAGAGCAUAUCACAAAUAAGGAAGAGAUUAUCCAACCCUGCUGUACCCUACUGAAGGAAAGUGGAUCAAUAUUUAUCACAACAAUUAACAAGACAACGAUGUCACAGUUGCUUGCGGUAUAUGCAGUUGAGAACUUGCUUAGCAUCGUACCAAAGGGAACACAUGACUGGGAUAAAUUCAUUGAGCCUGAAGAGAUGAAGAAUAUUUUAAAGCUUAAUAACUGUCAUACAUAUCUGAUACAUGGAAUGCAAUUUAAUCCACUCACAAAUCAAUGGAGUUGGUCAUCGGACACCAGCAUGAACUAUGCUCUGCAUGCGGUCAAAGAAUAGUAAAGCCAGUUAGUCAUCGGACACUAAACUAUGCUCUACACAUUGUCAAAGAAUGAUAUGCGAGUUGGUCAUCGGGCACAAGUAUAAACUACACUCUACACACUGUCAAGCGAAAAUAAGCGAGUUGGUCAUUGGACUCCAGAAUAAAGUGUGCCAAAGUAAAACAAAAGAGCUGAUCAUUGGCUUGGUCAUCAAAAUACCAGCAUAAACUAUGCUUCAUCUGUGGUCAAUGGAAACUAGAUGGUGGUCAUCUGAACUAUGUUUCAAAAAAACUAAAGAGGUUUGCUAUUGGAAUACUACCUUAAACUAGCUAAAGUAGCUGUUCGGCAGCCAAUGUGGCUUAUUCUAAUUCCAACCAUCCAAAGAAUAUUGAGGACAUCAGGAUGUUGAUAUUUUUACAGGUAUAGCAGGAUGACUGCUAUGCUAUCAACUGCUAUUAUUUUUUUUGAUGAAGUGAUUUGUUUAUCAAUUGUUUGAGUGUCAGCUAGUGCAUUUGUAUCUUCACAAUGUAUCAAAUCUCAUAAAACACAAUACAAACUUUCUUCUGCUUUUAUUGCUAAUUCCAGUAUUAAAAAAAAAAGGUUUUCUGUAAAAUAUCAUACUACUGUACUGUAAAAAACAUUUUUUGUAACAAUAAAAAUAUUUAUAGACAGAAUGGUUCAAAGUAACAUAGUUCUUAUUCUUAUAGUCUUUGUAGAUUACUUUUUGGGCCCGCACAAGGCGCUGAUCCCAGUUUGUUCUUGUUCUUGUUACCAGAAUUUUAAAAGCAUCCAGCACCGCCAGUUUUAAAUGGACAUGCAGGAAAUUUUGUACACAUAAACUAGAGGUGAUUUCCAACAAACAUUCGUCGCCCUUUUUUUUAAGUUGGACUCCCUAAAUUUACUAAAUAAAACAGGGGUUUCGGCCAGGACUGCACUACUGCCAUUACCACUAAUAGGGCACGUCGCAUGGAUGGCGCGGUCGCUUAAGGAUGUAUUCUAAAUAACUUAAGUCUUGGUAUUCAAUUUUUUUUUUUCAAUUUUAAGAAAUUUUAUUUUUUUCAAUUUUAAGAUAUUUUAAUUUUGUAAAAAUGAACAUUCUAAAUAAUUUUAUUUUGUACAAAUAAACAUUCUAAUUAUUUAAAAAUUUCUAUCUUAUUUGCUCUUCCAAAAAACCCAAUAUAAUAACUUGCGCCUGCACCGUAUUUAAGCGUGGAGGAACAUGCAGACUGGUGAACGUUUGCUCUUGUAUAUUUCAAAACUGAGUAUAUGUAUUUUUUAUUUGAGAAAAUGUAGGUAUUUACUAUAUUUCUGACCCAAGUAUUUGAUUACUAUAAAUCUACCCUACAAACUAUAUUUAAAAAAGUACUACUAAGUGAGAAUACAUUCAGUUUCUGGAGUGGAGGAGUUGCAUAGGUCACCACAGAUAAAUUAGUUCAGAAAUGGACUAAGUAGUGGUGACGAGAGGGUUGCAUAUUGCCAUCAUUUUCUUUGUCAGAAUUGCAAAAUCCCUUAAUAAAAAAUAAUAUGGUUAUUUGAAAAAAUAUUAUCUUCAACAAGAUUUAAACCCAAGAAACUCUGGAUGCUGUUUGUUAGCUCUACCAACAGAGCUAUGAGGCCAAGCUAAUGUCCUCCUUUGCAUAAUAUACAAUAAACUGUCCAUCAGAAAUAUAGAAAUAUAAAACAACAACUUUAUAAAACCAUAAUAAAUGUAUUAUUCGAUAUCUAAACGUAAUUUACCCUAAUUACAGCUUCCAAAUGGAUGCUGUUUCAAAAAGUAGAGUAGAUAAUUUCUGCAUUUAAAUUGGUCAGCUUUAGGCUUUUUUCAAUUUUAAAAAGUGCAAUUUUUUGCUUCUAAUCAUAUCAAGGUCACAUCACUUGACCACAACUAAAAUAACAAAAACAUAAUAAUAAAUCCUAGAGUAAUAAUUUAAAUAAUAAUAA